AUGUCAGGACCGACAGCCAACGAGCCGGUGAUCGUCGUCAGCCCAGAGAGCAGGGGCACCGUGUACGGCCAGCCCGCCACGCUCGUCGACGUCUACCUGCCGGUGCACUACGACGCCUACGAGAGAACGCUCACGGCCUUUCUCCCGCGCUGGCUCGACGAGCACCUGACGCUGGACAAGCAGUGGUUCUUUGUCGACGUCUUCAAGUUCGAGCCUGCCGGUCUGGCCGGCACGCCGCCGCCGCCGCUGUCGCUCCUCUCGGCCAAGGUGCUCAAUAUCGUCGUCCGACCCAUCUUUGUCGAUCCAGACCACUCGAUCACGGCCUUCGUGCCGCCUCGACACGAGCUGGUGCUGCUUCAGGCGUACAGUGAGCAAGAGCUCCGCCGCGCUCACGAGAAGUUGAGGGCGACGUCGGACCUCUUUGAAGCCAACCUGCUCCGACCCUUUGCCUACGAGCUCUACGUCGCCGAGCAUUCGAGGCUCCGCCUUAUCGCAAUCGCCGAUGCGCUCAAUCGAGAUUACUGGAAGUGGGCGCUUUACGUCCUCUGCCUCGAUGCCGAGACGUACCGCGAUAGCCUGCUCGCCUAG